UUUGUUUACAGUUUUCGCCAGUGUCAACAGAUUUCUAAACCAAGUCAUCUUAUCGUGUAGGCGGACGGGGCUUAAGCUAGUUAUGGCGUUCAGGUACAACACUUCGUGAAAUACUGUUUGCUGGUGGUGUUUGUGGGACAAUACUCGUGCCAAUGACUGGAGAGGGCGAGGUACAGCAGUCGGGCCAGGAGGUGGACGGGGUGAAAACAUCGCCGGUUGGUAAAUCCGACGUCCACAGCGACACUGCACCGAGUCGGGAACAGAAAGAAGAAGACAAAGAGGAUGAGCCAGACAAACCUAAGCUGAGUAUUGUCAAAGAUUCUGAGGUCAUACAGGUGGAAAUUACUGAAAACAACAUGAAGCCCCAAAACACAGACUCGGAAGUCAUUGAACAGAAACAACCUCUGAAAGCACCUGAAGAUGAAAAACCUGACAUACCCAUUGAGCAUGUCGUAGCCCCGAUUGCCAGUUUCGAAACCAUUGAACUGGAUGACCAAGUCGAUGGUGAAGGGGACAAGCCUGAUAGGAAAAAAAGAACCAAAGAAGAGAAUGGCACCACAAAACCGGAGGACGGAGAUGUUAAGUCUAAACGAACAGGGACUGGACGAAGUCGACGCAGCGAGUGUUUAUUCCCUGUUUAUGGAGAGAGAUUUUCGAUACUACUUUCAGCACCCAUACUGCAGGUUGUUUGUGGCGUAUUUUGUAACGUUUUGCAAUUUUCUCAUUUACGCUGAGGAUCCUGUUGCACACAGCCGUAAAGAAUGUUCAAUUCCAGUCAUCGGAAAUGACUUUGCUUUUGUAUGCACCCGCUAUCCGUCGAAUGCAUGGAGCCUGCUAAAGGUGUUUCUGUGGAUUGUGGCAAUAAUAGUUGGAUGCAUUAUUGGAAAACUCCUCUUUCAUGAAAUUGUUUUCAAUCGGCUGUUUAAGCUGAAGAUGUUCUCCAGCAACCAAGGCUCCUGGAUGACUAUGUUUUUCUGUGUCAUCCUGUGCCUCUUCAUCAUAUCCUGGCUGUAUAACGGCCUCCUGAUGAUUGGUGGCGACUCUACGGAGCAGUGGCGGAUCUCCUCCCUCAUGGGCAUCUCCAACUCCUUCUUCACCAAGGCUGCAGCGUGUGGCACGUGGUGUGGAGAUUUCUUCACUGCAUGGAUGGUUACAGACAUCAUGCUGCAAGAGAAGCUGUUUCCGACUUGGGCACCGAAGGUUCGAGCAUGGUGGAUAAGACGAUAUCACCGCAUCAUCCUGUUCUGGGUCAUCACGUCCUGUACAUCGAUUAUCGUCAUAUUCGUCAUAGCAACUGACUACAUCAGCUGGGAUAAGCUGAACCAUGACUUUUUACCGACCAAUGAGAUGUCACGGUCUUUCCUUGCAUCAUUCAUUCUGGUUAUGGAUAUGAUCAUCGUUAUGCAGGACUGGGAUUUCCCCCAUUUUAUCAGCGCCAUCGACAUCAAGCUUCCUGGUCUCAACACAGCACACAUCAAGUUCCAGAUUCCCAUCCCUAAGUUCCUUAGGAAGGAGUUCUACCAAGUCCAUAUUACAGGAAAGUGGUUCAACUAUGGCGUCUUGUUCCUCGUGCUUCUCCUCGACCUGAACAUGUGGAAGAACCAAAUGUUCUACCAACCCAAAGAGUUCGGCCAGUACGUCGACUCCGAAGGCAAGAUCCACACCGUCACCGACUCCUACAGCCUGGAAACAUUCAAUGAGACACAACUUAGUUUUGAUUUCAGGAACUCCACGAUUAACCCAGCUACUAAUCUGUCGUACAUUUCAGGAGAUAACGUAAUGAAUACCCGUUUCUAUGACUACCACCUUGCAGCCAAAUGCAUGGCUUUCUUGCCAUGUCUUACGGUUUUCAUUAUGUUUGGGUUUUUCAUAUUUAGAUAUGGACGAUUUAAGCCGACAAAAGAGGAUCCUUAUGCAGGGAGGUUAAAGAAAAGAAAGAAGAGGCGAUUUAGUGCCAGAUUCCACUGGCGUCGGUUGCGGAACCGAAUCAGGACGGCAGAACCAAUAUUGAUGUAUUUCAGAAAACGAGGACAAGAUCCUCCACCUGCGCAAAAACCACAAGAAUCUUAUGCUCAAAAUUGGGACCUGCCUGCAAAUUAGAAAUGUAAAAUGAUCACUUUGAUUUGAUUUUUAUGAUUGGUUAUAAUAUUUAGACAACAAAAAUUCAUUCAAAAACUAUAGAAUCAGUUCUCAUAGACUAAAAUGUCAUUUGAAUUUCGUGUACUAUAUAGUAAAAUGUCAUUUCUUACCACAAAUACCAGAGAGUAAAACGUAAUUUGAUAAUACUUACCAGAGGGAAAAAUGUAAUUUCAUAUUACACGUUCCUCAAAUUAAAAUGUAAUUUCAUAAUUCAAGUAGCAGAGAGUAAAAUGUAAUUUGAUAUUAAACUUACCAGAGGGUAAAGUCUAAUUCGAUAUUACACAUACGAGAAAGUAACAUGUAAUUUGAUACAAGAAAUAUCAGAAAGCAAGAUCUAAAUUGAUAUCAUAAAUGCCAGAAAGUAAAAUGUAAUUUGAUAUCAUAAAUGCCAGAAAGUAAAAUGUAAUUUGAUAACAGCCAAAAGUCAUUUUGAAGAGGUUUAUACCAUUUACAGUUCUUUAUAUGAGUGAUUGGAAUAAAUUCAUGGUAUAUUUUUUCAGCAGAUAAAAUCAUGUGUAUUUUUGUAGAGCAUGACUGUCAGGAACAGUUAAAGACCUGCCUUGUAUUUUCUUUCAUGUUGCACAAAACUGAAACUAAGAUGGAAUCGCAACUAUUGGCAGUGUGACAUCACACUACUGAUCAGUGGUUUGAUUGGUCAAGAACUGACCACAGGCCACCAGGGGUGGAAAUAACUAUUGACCGACGUCCGUGUCCACUGUUUUUUCUGUCGGGCAAGCAAAUUUGUAUAUCACACUGUACGGGUGUCCAGUUGACUUUCCAAUGUUAAUUAUGUUGCUUAUUUACAAAAUCAGCAAGAAAACAGUCGGUAUAGUGGAAAAAUUAUCAGGGUGAGUGACUUUACAUGUGCCACUGUACCGGAGUACACUAUCGAUGUUAAAGUUAUUUCCACCCCAGGGCCACCAUGAUAUAAGGUUGAUAUUGCUGCCUGUGCCAUAAGACUACAACAUACUCAUUGGUAGCCCAGUCACAUCAUGACCUGAAACAAUGAAUGUUGAACUCAACUUACUCACUAACUCACUCACUCUCUGGAAAGUAUUGUUGUAUGAAGUGAGUAUAAAUGCAAAUGAGAUGAUAUUUAAGACGAGCAAGUUAUAUGGAUUGACAACUUGUUUAUUGCAAUGGAUGUGACAUUCAGGUAUAGAUGCUAACAGAAUGGUUAUUAAAUAUAGCUGGUUCCAAAACGUUUCUGUCGUCUAGUCUUGACUAGUCUGUUAAUGUCUUUUCCAUGAUUUUAUUCACGUUUUCGUGUUUAACACUGGGGCUAUAUUAAGACAAGUUUAAUUGUUAUUAGAACCCUUACAAUAAAUGACAGUGUGAUAUUAGGGAUAGAAAAUUUGAUACUAUCAUGUAAAGAGAUGUAUCAAUAUAUGUUAGCAAGUUUUGAUAGCAUAUUCAAUCUAAUAAGCUUUCUGGGUGUUCAAGCUGCAAAUUAAGGUUUUUCUCAGUCACAAUGAAACAUGAACACGUUUGUGAUUGUGCAAUUCAUGAGGUGAACAGGGGUUUGAUACCAGGGUCUUAUCCCAACAGAUUUGAUAUUUUAUACACUGGAUAAUGACAGAUAUAACCAUUUUUAAUUGUCUAAUAUUCAUAUAUUUCUAUUUUCUAGUUAAAUUUGAACAUUAACCAUGUUGCCAAUUAAUGCUCCGGGGACCUUAUAUGUUGUGCCAUAUAUUUAAAAUGUUUUUAAUGAUAUACCUUGGAUUUUGUAAAGUUGCCAUCUAUAUUAGGCCAGACCAAUAUUAUUUCUUGUUUUACUGAUUUUUGUCCUCAGAAAAUUUCAAGACAGGUGGGGAUUUUUUUUUUUUAAAUCACCAGUCAAAGUAGUAUUCCUUUUAUAUACUAAAACUAUUUUACUUUUGGCAGUUUAUGAAGUGUAUAUGGGG